GUCUUGUGGCUGUCUUUGAACGGCGGACCAUCUCUGGUUGCAUGUGAACGCCGCGUGACGCGUUCAAGGUCCCUCGAUCCGACGGGUCAGACCAGAGAUGGAUGGGUGUAUGUAUUGCUUAAGAAUGCAUGAAUGAGCUCUAUAACGUAGCCUUCACAGCAGCGAAGACAGUUUAUUGGUGGUAUUGGCUUUUGUCUUUCUCUCCCCCAAAUGCGGGACACGGUCCGUGGAACUUUUUAUUUUAUCAUAAAUAUCCCCUUGGGUGCAAUAUAUUUCACGCGUCAAUGCCAAUACAACCUGCCUGUCUAAUUGAUUGCCCCCUUUAAAGGGAAUAAGUAAUUCAAUUCCCCCUCGGUACUAGUGAGCUGUGAUGGUCUAAUUUGUAUUUAUUGAAUUGUUUGAUACAUUUUUUCAUUGUGUAACGUCCUUUGGAUUUAUCGAGUACACCUGCGCACACCAUCAAGUCAUAAUACCAUUUCCGGGUCAACGCUGCGCCCUUUCUGAUUGGCCGAGGCCCCGAUUAGUUUACUUAUGCCGGCUGGGACCACACCACCGCCCCCUAUUCGCCCUCACGAAGACCGCAAAGUUUCGUGAGAACAGACAUUUAACAAGCCCCGUCGCUUCAACACUUAACGGUAAGACGCCAUUGCGUGCUAGUGUCGAAUUAGUGCUCGCCCCCUCAAAAAAAUGUUUCAGAUACGGCCGAACUUCGUGGAAAGUUUUAGCGGAGCAGUAUUGCGAGCGAAUUGUUAGCCUCGUUGUUAGCUAAUGGGGAGGAAGCUUCCUCGUUACCGGUGUCCCCCACUGGCUCGUUGUGCUCCAUGCAUACUUUUGAUAUUCUCGAUAUUUCAGUAUAUUACAUAUUAUUUCAGUAGUCCGCACCGCUCUCUUCAUUGGAAGUUUCUAGAGGAAAAAAAUACUGUAGAUGGUCGGCUCCCGCGAGUGUGCGUGUAGGUUUUGAAAAGAGGAAAAAAUGCACACCCUAGCUGAAAAUUCAUUUUGUUGUCGUUUUAACACAUGACAUACAUUUCUCCUUCCAAAGUGUGCCCAUUGCACGCUUGUCGAAUAAAAUGAUAAUAAAUUCAAGGUGAAUUUAAACGUGACUUGCUUUUUUUAAAUAAAUUAGCGCAUGCGUGUGAGCAGCUCGCAGGUGUUGCGCUGCAGCGCAAUUAAGCUUGGUGCUUCGAAAUCUUGUGAACUGUUGUAGCCGUUCGGCUUUUUAGCAAAAUGUAUAAAAUGUACAUUAUGGAGCCUUUCAUCAUUAUGUUUGAAUCAAACUUGUUUUAAAAAUAAAAUCGUAGGUAAAGUAGCUGGUCUCUGUGUUGAUUGUUCCAGGCGUUUCUCUGCAUUUAAGUGGAACAUUGGGAGGAGUCAUUGUUUUAAUGUAUUUGUCUACUGGUACUGUAAAUGAGGCGACUUUAUUAUUGUAAGGCAACCACGUGACAUCCUUGAGGAUGGAUGGAUGGAUGGAUCUAAUGUGCAGUGAGUGUGUACGAGGCACCAAGGCAAUUCUGAUUAAGUGGGACAAAGUGUGCUUAAUUCAUUAAGGGUGACUGGAUCUGUCAUUGGAUUAAAAUGGCCCUUUUAAAAGAUUGCAUAGAAAGCUACAUGGCUACUCUAUCCAAUGGUGUCUAAACGCUGUCCCCAAGGGCCUGAUCUUCAUGUCUCCUUGCUGCAACACACUGCAAUAAAUCAGCUUGUUCAGAGCUUGCUAGGAUGGGCUGAUGAUUUGAAUCAGGUGUUGGAGCAGGAAGAACGGUGGCCCUUGAGGACCAGUGUUGGACAUUCCUGCUCUAUAACCUAUGUCGGUUUGUCUAAACAGCACUCCUCACCAAUGUAUGCCCCCAAUGGAUAGAUAUAGAGAUAGAUAUUGGACAACAUUUGAAUAUCAUUUCAAACUCCUAGACCUUUGCUUUUAUAGAUAUGGCAUGAAUUGAUUUCCAUGUGCAUCUUCAGUGUGUAGGCACAUGCGGCCAAAACUCUCCGUAACAACCCAGGCUUAACUUGGCUCUCUCUCACAAUACGAAGCUUGUCUCAGUCAAGGUGUGCCUUAUAAAGUGUACUACUUUCCUGUUUGGACAGAGCUGUGUUUAUGUGUUGUAGAAAGGACAGUCAUUUAGGUGCGCUUGAUUUUUGAGACUAAGGUCACAAUGUUUCAAGGAAGGUUUGCUGGAAAUGUUUGGUUCAAUUCCCAUUUGAAGUUUAGAGGGCUUUGUUUUGCAAAUGAUAAACACAAGAGCCUUAAAAGCCCAAGACGUUUUUGUCAAGUCCUGGUUUGGUCUCAUAAAAUUCCCUUUUCUGAAGUAAGUCGCAAUGUCACAAGAAAAGUCAAGUCGAGCCAAUUGCCGCGGGUGUUGCAUGUCCCUCCACUGUGAAGAUAUUUUGAAUCAUCACUUGUGGGUUUUUUUUACCCCCCCGCCCCCGCCCCCUCUUUUUUUUUUUUUUCUUUUUCCCAAGGACGGACAUGCCGUGCGGCAGCUCGUCACGCACACUCGGUCAAUCGUGUCCUCGGCGGAGGAUUCGUGCCUCCCUCGCUUCAAGUGCUGGGUCGCAUCAGCGCACGCUGAGCUCACAGUUUGCCUUGAGGUCGCGCUUUAACGAGUUCGCCGCUUAGUCACAAACGCUCCGUUAUGGAGCUUAAAUGUUUACAAACAGGAGCAGGACUAUUAGUACUGGAGUUAUAGUGUGUGUGUGUGGGGGGGACACUAUGUACAGUAAGGGAUAGAAGAAGAAACAUUUACCCGAGCACCCUUUUCUCCCAUUUCCAGGCCAUUCCUAAAAUUUGAUUCCGCUAAUUGCUUGCACUUGACAGUGUAUCUCUCCUCCGUCAAACGUCUGUCUGGCUGGCUGGCACACAGUCAGUGCCUGGCGGUGUUACGUCUCGCCAAGAUUUCCCAUCCAAGUGUUUAUCUAAUGAAAUAUUUGUGCCUGCAAGCGGGACGCUGGCCAGUGUUUGUGCUUUUGCGCUGAGAAUGAAAGGUGGAAUAUGCACCAGCCACAGAUUGAAGCGACAAUAUGUGCUUUUGCCUGCCACUUUUGUCGACCACAAUGUCCAAAUUUGAUUAGAUAAAUCUUGGGGGGGGGGGGAAUAGCGCCCGACAGAUCAAAUGGCCACGAGCCCCUUUUUACAAUCUUACUGGGCCUGAGUAAUGCAGAUGAAACGGAUGUUUUAGUAUUCGCUGAUCCAUUUUCGGCAAAUAAUUAAGGUUCUGACUAUAAUUUGUUGUUGUAAGCCUUAAGGGACCAAAAACAGUUAUUUAAUUAUUCUGCCAAAUAUUGGAAUUAGACUCAAGAAAUCCAUAUUGAUCGAGGCCUAUUAAAUUGGUCAUAUUUCUUCAACAGAAAUUUGAAUUCUCUUGAUAAUAUCAAACUGAUUCCUCAAGUGUAGCUGGUGUCACAAUGGUGCAUCUACCAAUGCAAAUUAGCAUGCUAAUGCUAAACAACUGCUUGUUUAGCAAGCCCGACACAGAAACAGAGCAGACAAUUGUCUCAGGCAUAUAUUUUUCUUUUCCGUGGGAGUGACUACUGACUGUUGGGGGACCUUCCCUGCUUCCUCUUCUUGCUUAUAAGCUGCGUGUCAGAACUGUGCGGCUGGCCGCCAACGCUUGGAUGCCGCUUAUUGUCCGAGAUAUGUUAUUUAUUUAUUUUGGUUGUCAAAAUGAUGGUGCCUGGUCGGGUGUUGGCGCGCGUUGGCCGUGGAAUGUCGCCUUUGCUCUAACAUGAUUUUGUGUCAACGUUUCAGAAGUCAUCUCGACGCUAACAUGGCAGUCAGACUGUGCGAUGUGGCCUCUCUGCUUAGAAGUGGCUCGUGGGCGUCCGAGCCUUGGACCGGGCAGGUGAUAGCAGCCAUGGAAACGCAGCUGUCCAACGGGCCCACGUGCAACAAUAGCAACGGGCCGUCGAGCAUCUCCAACAACUGUUCCUCGCCCGUGGAGCAGGGUAGCUUGGAGGAUAGCAAGACCAACCUGAUCGUCAACUACCUGCCUCAGAACAUGGCCCAGGACGAGCUCAAGAGCUUGUUCGGGAGCAUUGGAGAGAUAGAGUCCUGCAAGCUUGUCCGAGACAAAAUAACAGGGCAGAGCCUCGGCUAUGGAUUUGUCAACUACGUGGAACCUAAGGAUGCGGAAAAAGCCAUCAACACCUUGAAUGGCCUGAGACUUCAGACCAAGACCAUCAAGGUGUCCUACGCACGUCCGAGCUCCGCUUCCAUCCGAGAUGCAAAUUUGUACGUCAGCGGCUUGCCGAAGACCAUGACUCAGGCGGAACUGGAGCAGCUCUUCUCGCAGUAUGGCCGCAUCAUCACCUCACGCAUUCUGGUGGACCAGGUGACCGGUCUUUCCAGAGGUGUCGGCUUCAUCCGCUUUGACCGGCGGGUGGAGGCCGAGGAGGCCAUCAAGGGCCUUCACUGUCAGAAACCGCCCGGUGCCGCCGAGCCCAUCACGGUCAAGUUUGCCAACAACCCCAGCCAGAAGAGCAACCAGGCGCUGUUGUCGCAGCUGUACCACUCGCCCAAUCGAAGGUACCCGGGACCACUCGCACAGCAGGCACAACGCUUCAGGCUGGACAACCUGCUCAAUAUGGCCUAUGGCGUGAAAAGCAGGUUCUCGACCAUGGCCAUCGACGGGGUGACCAGCCUGGCGGGCAUCAACAUCCCGGGUCACAGCAGCGGCUGGUGCAUCUUCGUGUACAACCUGGCUCCCGACGCCGACGAGAGCAUCCUGUGGCAAAUGUUUGGGCCCUUCGGGGCCGUCACCAACGUCAAGGUCAUUCGCGACUUCAACACAAACAAGUGCAAAGGCUUCGGCUUUGUCACAAUGACCAACUACGACGAGGCGGCCGUGGCCAUCGGCAGCUUGAACGGCUACCGCCUGGGCGACCGCGUGCUGCAGGUGUCGUUCAAGACAAAUAAGACCCACAAAGCGUAAGCGCCGCGCACGGUCGCGCCCGUCACAUCACUUUCUUUUCCGUGAGCACUUUUGUUUUGUGCUCUCGUCGUUCCGUAUUGUUGUGAUUCUGUUUUCGUUUCGCUUGGUUCAGUUCUCGUUUCGCUACAGCUAAUUUUUCCAAACGUUUUUUUUUUUUCUUUUGCUUGUCUAACUUUUCAAUGUUCUCUGUUUUGUCUGCGCUUACUGUCUAAUGGAUGAAAAGACAAAAAAAUUCUUAAAAGCAAGUACCUUGCCAAAGAGCUCCGAACCUCUUUGAUGUGGGUUUAAAAAGCGUCUAUUUUUAUAAAGAGAAAUUUGGAGAAACUUUUUACAGGACCUGGAAGAUAAAUGAUGAUCAAAAAAAUAUUUUGUCUUUGCAAAAUAUCUUCAUAUGACAUCUUAUGAUGCUUUGAAACUUUAUGAGAAAGUUUGCAGCAGGAGAGAUUUACGGCAUAAACGCUCGCCGUUUGCCGUCUUUGUAGUUGAGCCUUUCGCCAGCGAUUUGCGACGCCGUCUGAUUGCCAAGCGCACUCGGAUCAGGUCUUCCAGGCCGGCGUAGUGUGGCGGACCAGGUCCAGUCGCACUCGUGAUUCAAAAAGGCUUUUUUUUUUUUUUUUUUUAAAUAUUGAAAGAGGAAAAGAAAGCUAAGUUAAGUAUGUAAAUAAGAUUUUGGAGGGGCUAUUUGGCCAGCUUGUGCUUUGAGUUUGAUACUUUACAUUUUUGGGAUGCCCCAAGUGGAAAUCCUUCCUUAGUUUGCCAGAUGAGGUGUUUACGGUACAUUUAAUUGGUCAUUGGUUUGUUCUGUAAAAUAGUCUUGUCAAAAAAAACAAAAAAGUGGGGGAAAAAAAAAUCUAUCAUAGAUUUUGAUUUUGUUUUCUAUAUAACCCUUCUAGAUAUGUGUAAAAAUUGUCUUACAAACCACACUUUGGAACUCUGAUUAUCUUUUUGUUGAUUCAUAUUCACUUAUCUACGAAUAUGUACUAUUGCGUGAUGCAUAUAUCGUCAGUGUAAAAUGGCUUUGUCCACUUGAGCGGUGAGAACGACGUAGUUGUCAUUGAUUGGAUGUUAGCAGUUGAUGACAAACUAAUAGACAACAGCGUGUGAUAUAUGCAUUAUGAAUAUCUUUGUUAUUCUUGCUUCGAGUUUCCUCCCAUUUGUGUUGGUGCCUGUCGAGUUUGUUUUGAUCGUGAGGAUAUUCAUUGAAGUUGUGAAGUCUAACUUGAUUUGGGUUGAGUUGUUUUCUUUUGUUGGAACUUUGGUCUUUAAAGAGGAUGUACAUAUUUUGUUUUGUUAAUAUUUUGGUAUUCAGUCCCAAUCCCCCCCCCCCCCC